AUGGUGCGGCAGCACCGGGCUGGAAGCGCGGCGGGGUCGGCCGCCCGCCUUUGCCUUCCCAUCUCGGACCCCCUGCGCCCCGGGAACCCGCCCUGCCUGCAGCGCGCAGCCCCGGGUGUGUCCGGCCGCCGUGCCACCUCCACGCGCGCCGCCCCGCAGGAGGGGUGCGAGCGGAACUCGGACACGGGUACCCCGAGCCGUAGGCAGGUGAGGGCGGGGACGAGGCUGCUGGCGAUCCUGGGGACCCCCUCAUCCUUCGCCCUGUGUGGCCGGCGGGCUCGGGCUGGGGGAGAGGCGCUCACUGGCCACAUCCUGCCAUUUGUGCCAAGGCCCAACGUGUGUGGAUUCCGCUUGCAUGCCUACUGCUGCCCCGGCUGGAAGACACUGCCAGGCAGGAGCCAGUGCGUUGUGCCCGUCUGCAGGAGCCCCUGUGGUGAGGGCUUCUGCUCCCAGCCCAACCUGUGCACCUGCGCUGAUGGCACGCUGGGCCCCAGCUGCGGGGUAAGCCGAGUUUUGGGGUGCAGCGUGAACUGCAUGAACGGGGCCAGCUGCCGCGGCGAGUCCUGCCUAUGCCCACGGGGUUACACGGGCACCGUGUGUGGGCAGCCUGUCUGUGAGCGGGGCUGCCGCAACGGGGGCCGCUGCAUUGGGCCCAAUCACUGCGCCUGCGUGUACGGCUUCCAGGGCCCCGAGUGUGAGCGAGACUACCGGACGGGGCCCUGCUUCAGCCACGUGGGCACCCAAGGGUGCCAGCCCCAGCUGAGCGGCCUUGCGGGCACAAAGACGCUAUGCUGUGCCACCGUGGGCCGGGCCUGGGGUCUCCCUUGCCAGCUCUGUCCUGCCCAGCCACACCCGUGCCGCCGUGGCUUCGUCCCCAGUGUCCACACCGGGGCCUGCCAAGAUGUGGACGAGUGCCAAGCCAUCCCGGGCCUGUGCCAGGGCGGCCACUGUCUCAACACCAUGGGCUCCUUCGAGUGUCACUGCCCGGCUGGACACCAGCUCAGCGCCAGCGGCACCCAGUGUGAAGACCUGGAUGAGUGUCUUAGCCAGCCGGACCUCUGCGCCGGGGGCGACUGUGCCAACACAGCCGGGAGCUACGUGUGCCUGUGUCCCCGCGGCUUCGUGAGCAGCAGGCAUGGCAGCCGCUGCCUCCCGGAUGGCCGGGCUGGCACCUGCUUCUUGGCGCUCAUUGGGGGCCGCUGUGCCUUACACCUCGCGGGCCCCUCCACCCGCAGGCAGUGUUGCUGUGACAGGGGCAGGUGCUGGGCAGCUGGCCCCACCCCCGAGCUGUGUCCUCUACGGGACACUGAUGACUUCAGGCGACUGUGUAUCCAGGGGGUCCCGCUGCUACCAUCCUACCAUGGCCUCCGUGGCUUUGGUCCUGGGAUGGGGCUGGCAUGGCCCGGCCCCCAGGCUUCCAACAGACGUGUGGUCUCCAGGCUGGGCCCUGGCAGCUCCAGCAUCGGCACCAUGGCUCUCAACCACACCACAGAUGUCUGCCACCACUUCGCCCACCUGUGCCGCAAUGGCCGCUGCCUGCCCACGCCCACCAGCUACCACUGCGAAUGCAGCGUGGGCUAUACCCAGGCGGUGCACGGCGGGUGUGUUGAUGUAGACGAAUGUGCCAACGGCCCUUGCCACCAUGGAGACUGCAUCAACACGCCUGGCUCCUACCACUGCCGCUGCCACAAGGGCUUCCAGGCCACGCUCACUAAACAGGCAUGCGUGGAUGUGGACGAAUGUGACAUUGGCAAUGGCCCUUGCCACUUGGGCCACUGCACCAACACAGAAGGCAGCUUCCAGUGUAUCUGCAAUUCAGGCUUCGAGCUCAACUCUGAUGGCCAGACCUGCGUGGAUAUCAAUGAGUGUGCCCUGGACCCUGAACUGUGCCCCCACGGCGCAUGCGAGAACCUUCCCGGUAGCUAUCAUUGCACCUGUAAACCUGGGUACCAGGCGGGGGCCACAGGCCAGGACUGCGUGGGUGAGUGUACCAGUGGGCUGGAGGGCAAGUCCAAGCCAGGCUGUGUGGAUGAGUGCACCCUCCAAGGCCUCCUGUGUGAUAGCGGGUGGUGCCAGAACAGCCCUGGCAACUACAGCUGCUCCUGCCCCCAGGGUUUCCGCUUCUGGCAGAAUACCAAGGUAACAGGGUUCCCUGACAUCAACGAGUGUCUAUGCAGCCCGUGUGUGAACGGGGCAUGCCUGAAUCUACCCGGCUCUUAUAUCUGCGCAUGUGCCCCGGGCAGCCGCCUGGGACCCUCGGGGACUGCGUGCCUAGACAGCAUCAGACACACCUGCUGGCAGAGGAUCCAGGACGGCCGCUGCGAGGCCCACCUGCAGGGGGUGACCCUGUGGUCCGAGUGUUGCGCCACCCUGGGUGCUGCCUGGGGCAGCCCGUGCCAGCGCUGUGAGAUUGACCCUACCUGUCCCCGUGGCUUCGCCCGCCAGAAGGAUCUCACCUGCAGAGAUGUGAAUGAGUGUGAAGCCUUCCCGGGUCUCUGUCCCAAUGGACGCUGUCUCAACACGGCCGGCUCCUUCCGCUGCCAAUGUUCCAAGGGCCUGACGCUGGACGCCACGCGGCGACUGUGCGUGGACUUGAAUGAGUGCAAGACCUUCCCAGACCUCUGUACGCAUGGCACUUGCUACAACACGGUGGGCACCUUCCACUGCUCCUGUGCCAGUGGCUUCUCCCUGGAUGCCCAGAAGAGAAACUGUACAGAUAUUGAUGAAUGUCACAUCUCACCUGACCUCUGUGGCCAGGGCACCUGCGUCAACACCCCGGGCGGUUUCGAGUGCGCGUGUUUCCAUGGUUAUGCCAGCAGCCCUGGUAUCAUGAAGAGUUGUGUGGACGUGGAUAAAUUCCGCGUGCAGAACAGAGGUUGCGCCACACUGCAUCAGCACCCGGGCAGUUCCCCGUGCGGCUGCACGGUGCUGCGCCUUAAUGGCGGACGGGCGAACAUAGAUGAAUGCGAGGAGGAUCCUGACAUCUGUGGACCAGGCCAGUGCAUCAAUGUGCCUGGCGAGCACAGCUGCGUGUGCCCAGAAGGCUUCACGGCCACGCAGGACCUGACGGCGUGUGUGGACAGGGACGAAUGUGCCCAGGACAUGAACCUUUGUGAACACGGGCUGUGUCUGAACACGCCUGGUGGGUACCGCUGUGAGUGCAACGUGGGUUUCAGUCCCAUUGAGGACCACCAAGGCUGCCAAGAUGUGAAUGAAUGUGCUGACCCUGCGAACUGCCCCAAUGGCUCAUGUGUCAACACUCCGGGCAGCUACUUGUGCAGCUGCCCCCCGAAUUCCGAGCUGAGCCCCAGUGGGGUGGGCUGCGUGGAUACCCAGGCUGGGCGCUGCUUCCUGGGCACCCACCCCCAAGGGGAUGGCAGUACCUCUUGCAUCAUUGAGAUUGGCUAUGGCAAUGUCACCAGGGCCUCCUGCUGUUGCUCCCAGGGCCAGGCCUGGGGUGACCCCUGCGAGUUGUGCCCCCUGGCCAACACCACUGAGCACAGAAUCUUGUGUCCUGGCGGCGAGGGCUUCCGGCCGAACCCCACCACCGCCAUCCUGCAGGAUAUUGACGAGUGCCAGGAGCUGGCGGGACUGUGCCUGGGAGGCAACUGCAUCAACACCUUCGGCAGCUUCCGGUGCGAAUGUCCACCCGGCCGCCAUCUCAGAGAGGACGUACAUGCCUGUAACAACGCCAACGAAUGCACCAACCUACCAGGGCAGAUGUGCCACCCUGGCCAGUGCCGCAACACGGCUGGUUUCUCUCAAUGCGUGUGUCAGGAUGGCUUCCAGCUGGCUGCAGACAGAAGGAGCUGUGUGGACAUCAACGAGUGUUCCCUGAACCCGCGGCUCUGCGCCUUCCGCUGCCACAACACCGAAGGCUCCUACCGGUGCACCUGCCCGGCCGGCUAUGUUCUACGGAAUGAUGGGGCCACGUGCCGAGAUGUGGACGAGUGUGCAGGUGGGCGACAGGACUGCCACGCCCGCGGCAUGCUGUGUAAGAACCUCAUCGGGACCUUUGCCUGCGUCUGUCCCCCUGGUCUGCGCCCUCAGCCCGGCCCUGGCCAGGGCUGCAUAGAUGAGGAUGAAUGCCAUACCCAGCCUGGCCUGUGUGCCCACGGUCACUGCGUCAACACGGUGGGCAGCUUCCGAUGCAACUGUGAUGCGGGUUUCCAGCCCAGCCCCACCUUCACCGAAUGCCAUGAUGGGCGGCGAGGAGCCUGCUUCUCUGAGGUGCUGCAGGGCGCAUGCCAGGCCCAGCAUCCAGGCCCAGCAUGGAGGCGCGUGUCCAGGGCCGUGUGCUGCUGUGUGGGCGGCCGGGCCUGGGGGCCCCUCUGUGAGCUGUGCCCUCUGCCGGGCACUCCUGCCCACAGGGAGUUGUGCCCUUAUGGCCUGGGCUACACCGUGCAAGGCCGGGAUGUGGACGAGUGCCAGGUGCUCCCUCGCCUGUGCCCCCAUGGUGAGUGCAUCAACAGCAUUGGCUCCUUCCGCUGCUACUGCCAGGCCGGGUACGCGCCAGACGCCUCGGCGACCACCUGCCAGGAUGUGGACGAGUGCAGUCAGGCCCCGGCCCCGUGCUCCUCUCUGUGCCAAAACACGGCGGGCAGCUUCUUGUGCAACUGCCCCCGCGGCUACCGCUUGCAGGAAGAUGGCAGGACCUGCGCAGAUCUGGACGAAUGCUUGUCCCGCCAACACAACUGCCAGUUCCGCUGUGUCAACACCAUGGGCACCUUCGUUUGCCGCUGCCCACCCGGCUUUAUCCAGCAGCGCAAUGCCUGCUUCGACCUUAAUGAGUGCUUGGUCCAGCCUGGCCUGUGUGGUGCCUAUGGCCGCUGUUACAACACCCUGGGCACUUUCCGCUGUGAGGUCCCCCAGGGUUUCCAGCCGAUGGACUUCGAUGGCUAUGAAGGCUGCCACCGCGUCUGCCCCUCCGGCUUUGACUUCGACCGGACCUGA